AUGCCCGCAAUUCCCCGCCAAAAAGCUUGCAUUGCCUGCGCUGAGUCCAAGCGUAGGUGCGAUAAGCAGCUUCCGGAGUGCCGGCGGUGCCUGCGCAAGGACAUCCACUGCGUUUAUCCGCAGCCCAAGAGCCGACGAAGGUACCCCCUUGCGUAUGAGAGCCAGGCUGAAAGGCUGGUUCCUGCACAGAAUGCUACCGACAAUAAUGCUCGCGGAAGCAGCCUCGAUUUCGCGGACUGGGAUGCAAUAGACUUCACUGAGCUCGAUUUUUCACUGCCAGAUGUGACAACCGCGGAAGUCCCAACACUACCGGCUCCUAGUACGGGCGCUUUGGCUGGGAGUAUUGUACCUGACAAUCGCAACCUCUCCAAUAUGCCACACCCCUGGUUUCUCCAAGAUGAGACGUGGGUUAUGCAGCAGAACAACCAAGAACCAGCCUGUUCCAUUGAUCUUGAAUUAGAACGUUUUAUCGACGCUGUAGAGGCGAUGCUGCAGCUCUGGGUCAAGAAUGGCUACAAUGGCUUCAUUCAUCGGCGGCUUUAUGAGGAGGGAAUGCCAACAUGUCUUCAGGAUGCCUUCACAACACUUGCAACAUACAAUGGUCGUUUUCCCGCGGUGAAGCGGACAAUCCUGCAGAUUGCUGAGGAGCGCUCGUGCGCGCUUACCAGCCAGAGCUUACCGACUGCAUGCGGCACGCAAGGUAUACUGGGCCACCUGGCGCGUGUCCAGUCCUUGUUCAUCUACGUGUUCAUACGACUGUUUGAUGGCUCCGUCCGCGCACGAGCUGCUGCCGAGCGGCAGCUCCAAAAGCUGCGGAGUUGGGUGAAACAGAUGUGGGAAGCAGUGAUUCGCUACCGAGAAGGAGACAGCUACGGGGAUCACCGUUUUCUUCAAUGGACGGCAAAUGUCUUUGAUAGGGAGUAUGACACCGUCUCGGAGCUGUGGCGGCUAUGGAUAUUGACCGAAAGCGUUCGGCGCUCUCAGCUCAUCAUCGACACAGUCACCAAUGUGUAUCCAACCAUGACCAAGGGCCGGGCCUAUUGCACCGGAGCUGCUAUGUUUACUGCACGUCGUGGUCUGUGGGACGCAGAGUCCGCGGUGGAAUGGUUCGAACUCUCUUGUGCAAAAGCCCCGCUUUUGGUAUCGCCUUUGCAACCCGAAGCUCUCAUCUCACAACAUACAGCCGAGGAUCUCGAUGAUUUCGCGAGGGUGGUCUGGAUAUGUGUAAUUGGUACAGAAAAGCUUCAAUGCUGGAUUGAUAGAAGUAGCAGGACAAGUAGAACAUGUCUUACCGUUGGCUAA